AUGAUCUGUGGCGAUUCAAACUUGGAAAUCCAAAUCGACUGCAAAGCACCUGGUCUGACAUUACUGAGACAGAAGGCGUUGGACAAACUGCGUAAUCUGCCAGAUCAUGAGUUGGUUCAUGUGAAACGAGAUUGGAAUGGAAGUGCAGAUAGUCUGGCUAGUGCUGCACUGCAUCGACAAUGUGGAGUCGAGAUCGAAACCGAUAGGGAGAUCCAGGAUCUGAUCACGUUGAACCGACUGGACGAGAUACUGAUAGGUCCGACCGUACAGAUCGCGACUGUCACAACUAGAUCAAAGGCCAACUGCGGCGGGAGAGCGGGAUCUAACCCACCUGUGCUCAGUGAAGCAGUGAUCAGAGACCUCAGAAUCGAGCGGAUCCGACAGGCUCAUGACUAG